AUGGCGCUGGGUCCCUGGGGCCAUGCCGCAGCCCUCUGGGAGACUGGCCUCACCUUGGUCCUGGCUGGCUGGCAGCUGGGGGACCCUGUGCAGAGGAAGAAGGAGGAGCCGGCGCCCCCAGCCACCAGCCAGAGCAUUCCAGCCUUCUACUUCCCCAGGGGCCGCCCCCAGCAGGCCGCCAGCGUGGACGCCGUCAUCGCCAAGAUCGAGAGCACGUUCGCCCAGUUCCCGCAGGAGAGGGCCACCAUGGACGACAUGGGCAGGGUGGCGAAGCGGCCCGCGCAGGUGCAGAGGAAGAAGGAGGAGCCGGCGCCCCCAGCCACCAGCCAGAGCAUUCCAGCCUUCUACUUCCCCAGGGGCCGCCCCCAGCAGGCCGCCAGCGUGGACGCCGUCAUCGCCAAGAUCGAGAGCACGUUCGCCCAGUUCCCGCAGGAGAGGGCCACCAUGGACGACAUGGGCAGGGUGGCGAAGGCCUGUGGCUGCCCGCUCUACUGGAAGGGGCCCUUAUUCUACGGUGCCGGCGGGGAGCGCACUGGCUCGGUGUCUGUGCACAAGUUCGUGGCCAUGUGGAGAAAGAUCCUGCAGAACUGUCACGACGAUGCGGCCAAGUUCGUGCACCUGCUCAUGAGCCCUGGCUGCAGCUACCUGGUGCAAGACGACUUCGUGCCCUUCCUGCAGGACGUGGUCAACACCCACCCCGGCCUGUCCUUCCUGAAGGAGGCGUCUGAGUUCCACUCCCGCUACAUCACCACAGUCAUCCAGAGGAUCUUCUACACCGUCAACAGGUCCUGGUCGGGCCGGAUCACCUGUGCCGAGCUGCGCAGGAGCAGCUUCCUACAGAACGUGGCCCUCCUGGAGGAGGAGGCGGACAUCAACCAGCUGCCCGAGUUCUUCUCCUACGAGCACUUCUACGUCAUCUACUGCAAGUUCUGGGAGCUCGACACCGACCACGACCUGCUCAUCGACGCCCAGGACCUGGCCCGCCACAACGACCACGCCAUCUCCACCAAGAUGAUCGACAGGAUCUUCUCGGGAGCCGUCACGCGAGGCAGACGGGUGCAGAAGGAGGGGAAGAUGAGCUAUGCGGACUUCGUGUGGUUCCUGAUCUCAGAGGAGGACAAGAAGACCCCCACCAGCAUCGAGUACUGGUUCCGCUGCAUGGACCUGGAUGGGGACGGGGCGCUGUCCAUGUUCGAGCUGGAAUACUUCUACGAGGAGCAGUGCCGGCGCCUGGACAGCCUGGCCAUCGAGGCCCUGCCUUUCCAGGACUGCCUCUGCCAGAUGCUGGAUCUGGUCAAGCCCCAGAGCGAAGGGAAGAUCACGCUGCAUGACCUGAAGCGCUGCAAGCUCGCCAACGUCUUCUUCGACACCUUCUUCAACAUCGAGAAGUACCUUGACCACGAGCAGAAAGAGCAGGUCUCCCUGCUCCGGGAGAGCGAGAGUGACGGCCCCGAACUCUCAGACUGGGAGAAGUACGCCGCGGAGGAGUACGACAUCCUGGUGGCCGAGGAGGCCGUGGGGGAGCCCUGGGAGGACGGGUUCGACGCCGAGCUGAGCCCUGUGGAACAGAAGCUGAGCGCGCUGCGGUCCCCGCUGGCCCAGAGGUCCGCCCUGGGGGACGUGGACCUGUACGAGUUUGCGUGCGGGGAGGACGACCUGCAGCCGCUGUGAGGCCCGGAGCCCGUGCGCAGCCAUGUAGACUGCUCCCCCGGACGUGGGCCCACUAUGCACGGCGCUGUGAGGGCAGACUGCCUUGUACGAUGGCCCCUAUUUAUUCACACGGAGCUGCCGAGGGUGCUGCCCGCCCUCCAGGCCCAGGGCUGCCCAGGCGCGCAUGGUCUCAUGCCCACGGCCCGCCCGCCCUGGGCCUUGGGAGUCCGGCGCCCACCGACCUCGCCCACCGACCUCGCGCCGGCCGGGCUCAGCAGCGGGCUGGCUCCUCGGGAGAGCCAGGUGGUGUCGGUGCCGUCCGUGACAUGGCGUCGCCCAGGAGCGGGUGCAUGCCGUCCGCCUGAGGCUGGGGGGCGGGGAAAUUUCACAGGGACCCCC